GUCUAGUUCUGUAACCUAGGGCUUUCUAGACAUGCUACGUGAAUGCUUAAUAUGUUUAAAGCGUCUGUUACCUCUACGAUAUGCACUGCGAGACCUGCGAAACUCCUUCACACAGCAAUAGCCCCAACAUCACUUGAACUAUUUAUUGAGACCCUCCUUAUCUUACCAACAUAUCCUGCGGCCGUUAUUGAUAAACUGUUCGUGAAUAUUGGUAAUUCUCGUUAGAAGCGGUGUCGUUGCCAGGCUCGAUCAGGAUGCUGGUUACCCGAUAAUCUUUCAAUUUAUCUCCUUUUGCUUCGGUUGUCGGUCAACAGCCUGGAACAAGAUUCUUUCAUAACUACAUCUGAAUGAUGUCUAAGAUGCUAGGUUAGACUGUUGCAUUUCUUAUGGAAGCCGCACCGACCAAGGCAUUUGAACGGCUCCGGCUCCCAAUAUGCCCAAUAUGUGAGUUGUAUACCUGUGGCGAGUCAAUAAAGUCGGUGUGAUUCCCCUUGUUUACCAAAGCUUGCCUAUGUGCGACUUGCAACUUUCCCUCUUGGUGAUAACCUUUCGAAAAUAUUGAUACUUGAAAUUUUCUCGUUGCUUGUUGUUAAGAAAUAUUCCCCUAUUGGAAAACAUGGCAGAUCUUACAGUCGACAACCCUCAAAACCCCGAACAGAGGAGAUCAAAUAGUAUACAGACUGCCAGGUCCGGCUCUGAUUCGAAUUUGUCGUCUAAUAUGGAUUCUAUAUUUUCGAGAGCGUGGUGCCAUAUGUUGGAGCCCGUUCGUCCGUCGGGGUUUGCUGAGUUCGAACUACUCAUUCUAACAUUUUGUACGGGCAUGCAAGAUGCCAUCUCCUUUCCCGACUACCACUGCUUCGCGUCGAACCAGACAGGAAAUACGGUUUUCCUCAUGCUGGCCAUCAUACUACCUCAUCUUAACGGCGAAAUGUUUAUCACGGCAAACAUUGGGUCAGCUCUGGGUUUCUUCCUCUUGGGUGGAUGGUUGACGGGUCAGAUUAGCCACCUCGUUGGCCCACGGCUAAGACUCUGGCUCGUCUGCUGCAACUUCGUCCAGUCAUGCUUGGUAUUCGGCGCAGCGGCUAUGCAGUACCAACGCGGAGCAGGAUUAAAAGGUGGCGACGCUGUGAUAGUUAUAGGACUUCUGGCAUUUGCUUCUGGGAGUCAGGUUGUGCAGUCGCGAUCCCUCCAGAUGACGGAGAUAAGCACAGCGAUGGCCACCGCCGCGUGGAUCGACCUGCUAAUCGAUCCUAAACUCUUCAAGCUAAAUAAUAGACCACGUACAAGGCGUGCCAUGUUUCUUGCGACGCUUGUCCUCGGGUCACUUGCAGGUGCGGGUAUUUACCGAUCCGCCGGGUCUUGGGUAGCCAUUUUGGUAUCGGCUGCUGGGAAGAUGCUUGUGACGGGCAUGUAUUUAUUCAACGGUGCUGAUAAACCCAAGACGACAUCCGGUCAAGAUGCUUGUUAGGUGGGUUAUGCGAAUAUAGUAUGCUGGAUACAUGUUAAAGAGCGAACAUGUACAUAUAGACAAUAUCUACUUAUUAC